AUGUAUUUAGCAGUUUCUUUGUUUCUUUUUUAUUGCAAUCAACAUAUCCUUCUUUCUUUCUUUCUUUCUUUCUUUCUUUCGUUCCUGUCAUCUUUCUUGCCUCGCUUUUCUUUCCUAUACCUUCCGUUUUCUUUCUUUCUUUCUUUCUUUCUUUUUCUUUCUUUCUUUCUUUCUUUCUUUUCCCGUAUAGCUGUCAUCUUUCUUGCCUCGCUUUUCUUUCCUAUACCUUCCGUUUUCUUUCAUUCUUUUCUCUUUCUUUCUUUCUUUCUUUCUUUCGUUUUCGUUCUUUCGUUUUUUCUUUUUUCUUUCUUUUCCCGUAUUGCUGUCAUCUUUCUUCCCCUUUUUUUCUUUCCUAUACCUUCCGUUUUCUUUCUUUCUUUCUUUCUUUCUUUCUUUCUUUCUUUCUUUCGUUCGUUCGUUCGUUCGUUUGUUUGUUCUUUCUUUCUUUCUUUUCCCGUAUUGCUGUCAUCUUUCUUGCCUCGCUUUUCUUUCCUAUACCUUCCGUUUUCUUUCUUUCUUUCUUUCUUUCUUUCUUUCUUUCUUUCUUUCUUUCUUUCUUUCGUUUUCUUUCUUUCUUUCUUUCUUUCUUUUUCUUUUUCGUUUGUUCUUUCUUUCUUUUCUUUUCCUAUACCUUCCGUUUUUUUCUUUCUUUCUUUCUUUUGCCUUUCUUUUUUUCUUUCGUUCGUUCCGUUUGUUCUUUCGUUUUCUUUUUCGUUUCUUUCUUUCUUUCUUUUCUUUUCUUUCGUUUUCUUUCUUUCUUUCUUUCUUUCGUUCGUUCGUUCGUUCCUGUCAUCUUUCUUGCCUCGCUUUUCUUUCCUAUACCUUCCGUUUUCUUUCUUUCUUUCUUUCUUUCUUAUGUUCGAUCGCUUGUUCGAACCCCUCCCAGUAUAUGUCUCUCUUUCUUUCUUUCUUUCUUUCUUUCUUUCUUUCUUUCUUUCUUUCUUUCUUUUUGUUCUUUUGUUCUUUUAUUUAGCUGGGCACAUGUUAUUUUCUUUCUUUCUUUCUUUCUUUCUUUCUUUCUUUCUUUCUUUCUUUCUUUCUUCCGUUCGAUCGCUUGUUCGAACCCCUCCCAGUAUAUGUCUUUCUUUCUUUCUUUUGUUCGUUUAUUUAGCUGGGCACAUGUUAUUUUCUUUCUUUCUUUCUUUCUUUCUUUCUUUCUUUCUUUCUUUCGUUAAUUCGUGUGUUCGAGGCCAUCGCAUAUUUCUUUCUUUCAUUUGUCUGGCCCUAUAUCUAUACAUCUCUUUCUUUCUUUCUUUCAUUCUUUUGUUCAUUUGCCUGUUGAAGUAUAUUUCUUUCUUUUUUUCUUUCUUUUUUCGUUCGUUUCUUCGAGCAUAUGUCAGUAUAUUCCAUGUUAGUAUAUUUCUUUCUUUCUUUCUUUCUUUCUUUCUUUCUUUCUUACGUUCGUUUGUUCGAGCAUAUGUCACUAUAGUUCUUUCUUUCUUUCAUUUGUCUCGGCCCAUAUCUGUAUAUCUCUUUCUUUCAUUCAUUCUUUCUUUCGUUCGCUGGUUGAAGCCCAUUUCAGCAUAUUUCUUUCUUUCUUUCUUUCUUUCGUUCGUUUCUUCGAGAAUAUGUCAGUAUAUUCUUUCUUUCUUUCUUUCAUUCUUGUGUUCUUUCGUUAAUUCGUUUGUUCGAGGCCAUUUUAGUAGACUUCUUUCUUGCUUGCUUUCUUUCUUUCUUUCGUUCAUUUGCCUGGGCUCAUGUCUGUAUAUUUCUUUCUUUCAUUCAUCAUUUCUUUCUGUCUUUCUGUCUUUCUUUCUUUCUUUCUUUCUUUCUUACGUUCGUCUGUUCGAGUACAUUUCACUAUAUUUCUUUCUUUCUCUCUUUCGUUCGUUUGUUCGUUCGUUCGUUUCUUCGAGCACAUAUCAAUAUAUUUCUUUCAUUUUUUUUCUUUCUUUCCGCAUUUCAGUAUAUUUCUUUCUUUUCUUACUUUCUUUGGUUGAGGCCAUUUUUAGUAUAUUUCUUUCUUUCUUUCGUUCAUUUGCUGGGCUCAUGUCUCUAAGUUUCUUUCUUUCAUUCUUUUGUUCGUUCGAGUUCAUGCCUAUCUAUUUCUUUGUAGCAAAGGAUAGUUUUUCUUUCGAAAAAAAAAAUGACAAUAUAUUUCCUUCACUCUUCCUUUCAUUGUUACAAAUGAAUGUAUUUCAUUCAUUUUUUCUUUCUUUCUUCUUUCUUUCUUUCUUUCUUUCUUUCUUUCUUUCUUUCUUUCCGGCCAAUCUACGAAAGAUACAUUCUGCUCCCAUAACACCUAUCUUCACUCUUUCUUUUCAUUGCUACACAUGCAUGUAUUUCAUUCAUUUUUUCUUUCUUUCUUUCUUUCUUUCUUUCUUUCUUUUUUCCUUCUUUCCCGCCAUCUACGAAAGAUACAUUCUGCUCUCAUAA